AUGCAACAACAACUUAAACAACUUAAACAACAACAACAACUUAAACAACAACAACAACUUAAACAACAACAACAACUUAAACAACAACAACAACUUAAACAACAACAACAACUUAAACAACAACAACAACAACAAAAACAACAACAACAACAACCCACCCACCCACAAACCAACCAACCCAUGCACCAUGCACUAUGUAGGGAUCUGGAGGUGACUGUGCAGUUUGGAGACGACACGCACGAGUUCCGCGUGCCUCGGAGCAUGCCCAUCCGGCAACUGAAGAUGCGCAUUGCUGCAAGGACGGGCGUGGCACCAGCCAAUCAACAGCUAUUUGGCUUUGCCUUUGAGCUGGAGUCCAUCGACGACCUCACCCUCAGGCACCUCACCAGACUGUCCGAGCAAACGCUCAAUCUGCUGCUGGUGGUCAAGGAGGAGGAGGAGGACGACGACGACGCGCCACGCGGCGACGAUCCUGCACACAUGAUGCGCUACGGCUCGCGGGUAACACAGCAUGCUACCACACACGGGCCCGCUCCGCCGAUUCCGGGUGGGCAGCAGGCGCUUCGGCAGACAUGGCGCCAGCCGCGCCCUCCACUCGCAAGCAGCGACGAGGACGAGGAUGUGCCAGCGCUCUUGGGCGAUCAGGACAGCCGCGACAACGGCACGCGCGACAACGGCACGCGCGACAACACCGGCGAAGCGGGGCCGUCACCACAUCCACGGCUCCCGAUGCCGCCAUAUCGGGUGUCGCAACACACGCCACACACCCACGACGCUGAUGGUGAUGGUGAUGAUGAUGGUGCGGGACCGCGUCACGCAGACAGCACCGGUGGCGGCGGCAGCCAUGCACAUGACCCGCACCACCCUUUGCACUGGCUGCUUUCGCCAGACGCGCGACGCGAGCAGGGGCACGGGCUGGACACGCUGCGCCGCAUGAUGAUGGUGCACUCUCAACAACAACGAGAACAACAACAACAACAACAACAACAACAACAACAACAACAACAACAACAACAACAACAACAACAACAACAACAACAACGAGAACAACGAGAACAGAGGGAGCGGGCGAUGGAUCGAGCCACGGAAGAGUACCUCAAUGCCUUGUGCGCUGCAGAUGAGCGUGCUGCCCUGCGUGCUGCCACGGGUGCACGCCAUCUCUCGCCGUAUUUGCACGACCCGGAGAGCGACGCGGAUGUGGAUGCGUCCCUGAUUGCCGAGGGCGACGCAGACCAGUCGUUUGACGGCGAGCUGCUCAUGCCAUCCGGCGAUUUCACCACAGAGGAGUUUGUCGCCGCCUUCCAGAACAAGCACGCGCUGUGCCCGCUGUUUCUGCAAGGCACGUUCCGCCAGGCCCUGACGGAGAGCACGAGGCGAGGGCUGCCGCUGCUGCUCUACCUUCACGACGACCGCUCCCCCACCAACGCCGGCUUUGCCGACCUUGUGUGCGACCCGGCAGUGGUGUCUGUCCUCACCAGCUACUUUGUUGUCUACGGCUACGACUUCACGCACACCGUGGCGCGGCGGCGCUUCCUGGAGGAGGCGAACAAGGCCGUUCGGCUGGGUGAUGGCCUCACCUCGGAGUUCCCCUGCCUCGUCGUGCUUGCACGCAUUGGCGGGCUGUUUCAGCUGACAAAGUGCAUCACCGCCAGCACGUGCGACUCCGCUGCGGACCUGGCGUCCACCCUGGAGAUGGAGGGUGUGCUUGUCAUGUCGCAGACCAUCGACGACGCUGCGCAGGGAGGCGAUGCCGCUGGACACGGCGACAGCGGUGACGGCGGGCCCCGCUCAGAGGCACAGCGGCUGCGUGACGAGCAAGAUGAGGCGUACCGGGCAUCGCUGGAGGCCGACCAGCGCAAGGAGAAGGAGAGGGAGGAUGAGGCAGCAAGGCGCAGGGAGGAGCAGGAAGCACAGGCAGAGGUGCAGCGGGCGCAGGAUGAGAUGAAGGACGCGCUUGCGCAGCAGGUGCGCGAUGAACCACCGCAGGGGCAGCAGUGCGUCAUGGUGCGCGUGCGCGCGCCGAACAACAACAACAUCACCCGCCGCUUUCACAACGAUGCGACGGUUGGGGAGCUGGAGACAUAUGUUGGCUCGCUCGGGUUCCUGCCCACCACCCACCGCCUUCGCUUUCCCAUGGGCACAACGGUGCCAGAUGAUGACAAGACCACCACCCUCGUUUCCCUCUUUCCGUCUGCCCGCUUCCGCGUGGAUGUUGAGCCCCUCUGA